UCUCUCUCUCUCUCUCUCUCUUCUCUUUCCUCUCUCCUCCUUCUUCACUUCGCGCUCUUCAUUACCUUGUCCUUCAUACUAUCUCAUCAUGACAUCCACCAAGUCGUUACCCUGGGUCAAACUCCCCCAUCCUUAUCUCACAUCCUACAAAAUCCAUGUUGUCUCCGAAUCCACCACUCCACGAGUAUUGCAACUCCGCCUACAUGACAGCCAUGUGGGCCAAUCGCUCCCCGAGCCCUUCCACAACGAUUCCCUGCACUACACCGACCUCAGCUACAACGAUUCCGCCAAAGAAAUUCCCCUGAACAACAACAGCCCAUGGGCCCGUAGCCAACGCGCCCCCGGCACCACCUUCGACUGGUCCAGCGCCCGCGAACCCCCAACGCUGGCCCAGAUCUGGAAUGUCAUUCACGCGACCUUCCUCACCCACCCUGAGCAAGAGGUCGUGCGCCUCGAUCUCCACGGCCCCGGACACGAGGUCGUGCGUGAGGAAUGCAUCCGCACGGGACUGGCUGUCCCCUUCCCCUCGCCGCGCGAACCCUUCGGCAAUGAAAACCAACCCUCGAACCUUCCUACCAUUGUGCUCCUGCGGUCCGCCUUCUGGCAAGGCGCCGGGUCGCCGCUGGGCCCACGUCCCAUCUGGGCAGUCGACCAAGGCACGCACGGCCAGCUCCGUCGCUCGGCCGGCCAGUACCCGCCCAUGGCUCAGAACUACGAGUUUACCAUGAAGUUCCCCGAGGAGCGCAUCUACGCGCGCCACCCGAUCCGUCCCGUCAAGCCCACCCCUGGUUCGUUGGUGUACAGUCGAUACAUCCCGCACCUGGACCAGCAUUUCUCGCUGAUGGCGGUGGACUGGCAGAACGAGGAGCAUCUGCAGCUCUUCCACAAGUGGCAGAAUGACCCGCGCGUCGCCAAGGGGUGGAACGAGACGGGCACGAUCGAGCACCACCGCAACUACCUGCGCAAAUUGCACGAGGACAAGCAUGUGCUGUGCCUGUUCGGACGGUUUGAUGAUAAGCCGUUUGCCUAUUUCGAGGUGUAUUGGGCGAAGGAGGACCACUACGGCGCUCACUACGAUGCCGGCGACUACGAUCGUGGCCGGCACUCCCUCGUCGGUGACAACAACGUGCGCGGCGCCUUCCGCGUCAAUGCAUGGUGGUCCAGCGUCAUUCACUACAUCUUCCUCGACGAGCCGCGCACCCAGUGCGUGGUCGGCGAGCCCAAGGCCUCGGGCGGCACAGUGCUCUCCUAUGAGAACGCCCAGGGACUUACGGUCCAGAAAUAUGUCGACCUCGGCCACAAGCGCUCGGUGCACGUCUUUUGCAGCCGCGAGAAGUGGUUCCAGCUGUGUCCGCUCUGGUGGGAUGGGCGCGAGCGUCCGCUCGAGAGCUCCGACCGCAUGGCUUGGGAUGCGAAGUUGUAGUUCUUGGGUUUAGAUCAGUAGCACAGAUUGGGUAUAUAUUGUGAUGAAACAUAUUUUAUCAGUGGUG